AAAAUUACCAUACUCGUUGAUGGUUAUGACACUGCCUAACUGAGAGUGAAUGUAAGAAGCGUUGACUCCGUGUUAUGAUAGUUACGGUAAUAGCGUAGCAACGACACGCAGCGCUACCAAGCGACCCCUCGCGGUACAGCAAGUUCCACCUCGUUCCCAAACUUUCCCACCGACGUGGUCUCUCCUCUUCUGCGUGACCAUGGCGCUCUCCCCCGACCUCUUCGCUGUAUACGUGGCGUCGCAAGUGCUUUUUCUAUGCGGAGGAUCGGUCAGUUCGGACGGCGUUUCGUCGCUGCUGCAACCCUAUGACUUUUUAUACUACACUGGGGUGCGUUCGUACUUCAACGGGCAGUGGGCGAAGGCUGCGGAGCUGAUAGAGAGGUCCCUUGUGACCAAGGAGGCUCUGUUUAAGGUCCGAAGGCAGUGUUAUGAGGAAUGUGGAUCUACGGGAGGAGAUGUACUUCAAAAACUAGACACUGAGGAAGGGAGCCUGUGGGACCUUUGGGCCCUGGACUGGGUGCAGAAGAAGGCAGAGUGCUUGAGGUUCUGUGUGGGACGCUCGGUUAGCCAUGUGGGACAGCUUCCCGUUUCCACGGACAUCGAGUACGAGUUUGGCUCACGUAACGUGUACAACUUCCUGCAGGUUACAUAUUAUAAGAUGGAAAAACUGAAGAAGGCAGCGGCGGCAGCCCAGACCUACUUUGUGGCCAACCCAACUCACCUGGAGAUGAGGAACAACAUCGAGAAGUACCGAAGGAUGGACGGCGUGAGCGACGAAGCCUUUUACGACCGAGAGACAGACAGCGAGAAGCACUGGUUUCUGUACGAUUCGGCACUCCAACUGGAGGAGACGUCCAAGUGGGCGCAGGCGGCGGAUGAAUGGCGAGCGUGUGUCAACGAAACACUGCGUCAGAUCGAGGAGUGCAGGGUGCAGUGCGUGGUGGCUGCGCAGCGUCUGCCUGAGGACCGGGGAGUUGACACCGUCGAUGGUGUCUUUGAGAAAGCCGCGGCUCUUUCCCUCUCGCUGUUGUCGUGCCAGCAGUCGUGCGUGACACAGGUGGCCACCCGUCCCGGCAGGGUCUCCUCUCAGGACGACUUUCUGCCCACUCAGCUGGAACACCUGCACCUCGCGCAGUUUAAAGCUGGAGAUGUGAGAGGUGCGGUGCAGACGCUUCGCUCCCUGCUCCUCUUUUACCCCUCAGACAAGGACUCCAUCGACAACCUGCAGCUCUACCAAGAGACACUAGGGGGAGACAAAGAGUCACAAGACCCACAGCCUGCGCAGGACAUCGUCCGCUAUGUCAAACGCUCGCUAGAGGAGAAGGAGCUUCUUUAUUUUGGCAUGGAGAACCUAAACUACACCUUCACUGACCCAGAUCUUUGGACACCAGAAGAUGUUGUCCCAGAAUCCCUGAGGGAAUCAUGGAAAGCUGAGAAGGACAAGAUGACUGAGAAGACAAAAGAGGAGGAGCAGCAAGAGGAGGUGGACGACAGUGGCUUCUUUGCAGGUGGUCCAGUCCGCCAGGUGGGUGUGACCAUCACCAUGGACGAGCUGCUCCUAAACGGGACCAACCGGGUGGUGCUGGACGGAGUCACCACUGAGAAGGAGUGUGACAGGAUGUUGCAGCUGGCCGCAGCGGUUGCAUCAGCAGGAGACGGUUACCGGGGGAGACGGUCACCGCACACUCCUCAUGAGACGUUGGACGGCCUCACCUUGCUCAGAGCUGUCAAGCUGGCUCAGGACGGCCUGGUCAACCAAACGGACGCCAAGCUGCUGCACGAGCUCGGGGAGAGGGCCCGUAUCCUGCUGCAUUCCUACUUUAGGAGUCCCUCGGGACUCUUUGUCGCCUUCACACACCUCGUCUGUCGGAGUGCCAUUGAAGGGGACCAAGAGGGCCGAAUGGAUUUGUCUCACCCGGUCCAUGUGGACAACUGUCUCCUUGAGCCGGACACCAGGCAGUGUUGGAAAGAACCGCCUGCCUUCAUUCACAGAGACCUCAGCGCCAUCCUCUACCUGAAUGACAACUUUGAUGGUGGUGAGUUCUUCUUCACCAACAGGGAUGCCAAAACAGUCACGGCCCGAGUCAAACCGACGUGCGGCCGUCUGGUCGGCUUCUCGUCGGGACCCAUCAAUCCGCACGGCGUUACGGCGUUGACAAAAGGUCGCCGCUGCGCGCUGGCCCUUUGGUUCACCAAAGAGAAGCUCUACAGGGACAUGGAGCGAGAGGAGGUGGAAAACGGGUGGGCCCCCGGUGGGCAGCGCGUGGCGCAGACAGAUGACAUGGCGGGCGGCGGUGGCGGACAGAACAGGACAGGAGAGGAGAGGAGCGAGGGACUGGCCAAGGGGAGCAUCAGGCCUGUUGCAAAAGUGAAUGGAAAGUGCUGUGACGAUCAGCGGCUGACUGACUGCUACACUGGUGUGAUUACAUUUUAG